AUGGCAGCUGAAGCGCACCAGUGCCGCAACUGCGGGGAAAGCUUCCAGACCCGGAACAGCAUGUUCCGUCACCUGCGAGAGGCUCAUGGACCCCCGGGAGACGGUGCCAGGGAAGAUGCAAGAAGCCAAGGGAAUGAGCAAUCCUCAAACAUACCCGUAGCAUUUACAGAUGAUCCGAUCCAGAUGCCGCCUGAUCGCCAACUUCCUGCAUCCAUCCGUGACGUGUUCAAUCGCAAGGCGAGGCAAAUCCCUCCGGUUUUCCGUGUGCCUAGCAGGAUUCUGCGACAAGAGGUGCCUGAGGAGGACCUCGAAGACGCCUGGGAGAAAGGCCUGCUGUGGGCCAUCUCCAUCGGAACAAGGGGAACCUUUCAGCGGGAAGACCAAGCUCAAUGGCUCAAAAUGGCAAGAGAGCAUCCGGAAGAGCGCGACAUCCUGCUGUCUCCCUUGCAGCCAGAGGUGAAGGGCGACUUGCUCGUGGCGAUCCUGCGCACGUUGCAUGAGGCGACGUGCCACGACGUCCAUCGCUUUGCCCGUGGGACGUGGAAUGGUCAGGCGUCCGCUCAGGUUUGGCACGCAGUUGCCGAACGAGCGAGGGGCCGGGUGAGAAUCCAAUACCAAAGACUCAGCAAGAAGGGCCCUGCAAGCCCGCUUUUGCGUUUGCAUGGAGAGCCUCGAACAAAGUUGGACAUCUUCUCCCAAGAAGAGUUUGCUUUCUCCUUCUUGCGGAGGGUGGACGGUGAGAUCUUUCAAUGUCUGGGAAGCAUUGCGGAAUCCAUGUUCUACUUCUCCGAGAACUGUCCGGUGGACAUUUCAGGCUGCUACAAGCUUGCGCAAGCCGCCGUGGAAUCCGGAAACGUUGUGAGUAUGAGUGAGGGCAAGGGCAGGGACGGCCGCUUAAAGGUGCGGCUUCGGAGGCGAUCCGAAGAAGCGAUCUGCCUCUCAGCGCAUGAGGGAAUGUGGAGAGAGCUGGGAAUUGAAGCAAAGCAGGGGGACCACGUGCAUGAUUGGCGUCGCAUCAGCAUGGUGGCUAUUCAAGAUAUUACUCCGACAGCCGCUUCGUCGACCGCACUGCAGUGCGAGCAGAUCCAUGGUGGUUCCUUUGCAAGGGGCAUCUGCAAGGACUGGACGAAGGGACCAUGUCUGCGGGAGGCGAACUGUCGCUACGUCCACCUGCACAGUGCACCUAAGAAGGGCUGCUCACUCAGCGACGACCUCACGCAGGACACGUGCCUCAUCAGCGACCCGGAGUUGAGAGCAGCUCUGUGGCAGAAAAUGCAGCAGGGCAUCUUGCGCACUCCCCUGCAGGAGUUAUUGGAGAGGCUGCGGGAGACCAGGAGUGAUCCGGCGAUCUUCGGCAUGCUCCAGGCAGAGAUCGCCAAUGAGAGUCUGGUGCUUCUGGUGACGGCACACACUGCCGAGAAGGCUCACUUCUGGCAGCAUCAGGUCUUUCAGAAUUUGGCCUCCGUCGCCGACGAUGGCAAAGUGUGCAUUCUGGUCUCGCCAGUCUUGCAGAGGCCGCCGGCAUCACUCAUGCAGUGCCUCAUGAAAUACUGUCAGCGCGAGCUCUUGCUGCCUUCCUACCCGCACCUGAGGAAGGUGUGCCAGUCAUCCUUUGCUUUGCAUCUGCUUCCCUCGGGAUUGACCAAACUGGCGAAGUAUGUCGGCUAUGCUUACGUCAAGCCUGGGGGCACCAUGAACACGCGCCUCUGGAGAGUGAAGUUCCCUGGCAAAAGCUUCACAAGCAGGUGGAAGCCUUCGGACAACAUUCUUCAGAGGAAGGAGGACCUGGCCAGCUUCAUUGGGGGCUCCUCUUCCAAAUGGCCCUGCGUGGGAGUUCUCUUGGAGUCCGCCCGGAUUUUCGGGCCGCCCUCCCUGCAACCAAGGGCCGACCGACGCAGCCGCCUCACGGCGCUGCUGUGGCUUCUGGAGGACAUCGAGGGAGCCGACAAAACCACUGGUUCGGAUGGCGCGGGCAGUCAGGAUGAGAGUGAGGAGUGCAAUCAGUGGGAUGAGUUCGGUGAGUACGGUGAGGAUGGGUGGGACUACGACUGCGAGGAGAUUCACUCCUUGGCCUCUCAGGCAUUCUCGCAGACGAAGGAUCCAUGGCCGAUCCCCGAGGAUCUUGAGCUGAAUGUUUGGCCGCGGCAUGUUGAUCACUAUUCUGUCGAGGACACAGUCGUGUGGUGCUGCAAGCGGGCUGCGUCCCGACAGCUUGGGGCCUUGCAGGGGAAGCGUGUGAUUCGCAUGACGGCAGGCCAUCACCUCCUGGGAGUUUUCGUGCAGAACCUAAUUUAUGGCCUGGAGGCGACUCCCGAAGGCUCGCUGGAGCCCGAGAGGGUACAAUCUCUUCUCUGUCGUGUGGGGGCAGCUCCUGCACAGUACGCAGACGUGCUGCCAGAAGGCUCUUCCUUUGAUCUGGUCCUUGCUGUCAUGGUGGCCUGCUUCUACAGACAGCUGCGGGGGUCCAGCUGUCACGGUGCACUCCGUGUGCCAGAAGUCUUAGAGGGCCUGCUCAUCGCAAAGGCUUUGUGCCGAGGGCAGGGUCGCUGCCACCAACUGCGGCGGAGCAUCCUCGGUCUUCUCCGACGGCACCCCGUACUUCUUGGGCGCGUUGAGACCAUGUGCCGCGGAGGCAGUGUGGCUAUGGGUCUGGACACAACGAACUCGGACCAUGACAUCUUCUUGUGCCUGCGGGACGGAGGACAGGAUAUGGUCGAGGAGCUGCACCGCGUGGUCUUGGAGCUGAAGGAGACCUGCGGGCGCGUCCGGCUACAGCGAGCGGAGGUGGUGAAGAAGGAUUUCGCUGUGGAGAUCAAGAACUACUACCGCCACAGGGACUUCGACUUGGUGCCCGUCACUUUUCUCCAAUCCCACGUGGGGGAGCAGCAGUGGGAUCCGCAGCGCCAGGUGUGGCAGGCGCUGCUGCACCCGCGCUUGGCCCCCAAGCUUCAGCUCCUGAGCGAAAAGCAUCCGAGUGCCUUCUUCGCCAUGCGCCUGGUGAAGAUGUGGAAUGAGACCUUAGACCUCCGCCAGGGCAAGCCGCCGCUGGUGACGCUGCACAUUCCACUGCUGACUUUGGGAGCAUGGCAGUCCGGGCGCCUGGAGGAGUGCGACAGCCUCCAGGCAUACCUCCUGCAAAUCUUGCAAUACAUUCAGGAGAAUUGGCUGCGCCAAGAUCUGGGGAGUGAAGAGACAUUGCUCCGAGAGCUCGAGGUAGAACCCCACCUGCGUCGCAUGAUUGCCAAGUAUGGCGACGCCAUGCGGCAGGAUUUCCCCCGUGUUCUCGAGCAAGGCCUUCAGUGGCUUCGUACCGCUUCCAGGCCCAGAGCCGAUGCCUCUGCUGCCCAGCUGGUGGAAGGCACCUGCCGGCUCUUCGGUUGCGGUCAGCUGCUGAGCCGUAACCCCUGCAGCCGCUGA